GUCUCUGGCUCCCAUUUGGUGCUCUAAGAAGAGGAUGGCCAUGUCUGUCCAGGCGCCCCUGAUCGACCUCACUGAGGAGGAUUCCAAGGAUCCCAGAGCAGCAGUACCACGUCUGCCAGGAGGACCAGAACGGAUCCCCCAAACUUGUUGAUGGGGAGCAGGAGAGCAGAGUUGCCGGGGAAGAGGUGAAAUAUCAGGAUGUGAAAGAUUUUGGAAUUGGGGAGCUCAUGUGGGGGAAGAUCAAGGGCUUCUCCUGGUGGCCUGCAAUCAUCAUCUCCUACAGAGUCACGUCCAAACGUCAGGCAAUCUCUGGAAUGCACUGGGUGCAAUGGUUUGGGGACGGGAAGUUCUCCGAAGUUUCAGCAGACAAGCUGGUGGGUCUGAUGGCUUUUAGGCAGCAUUUCAACCACUCCACAUUUAAUAAGCUGGUCUCCUAUCGACGAGCCAUACACCAUGCCCUGGAGGUUGCUAGGAGCCGGGCAGGAAAGACGUUCCCAGAACCAGAGCAGAGAGCAAAUGGUUUCCAAAGUCACAAACAACAACAGGAGCCUUGAAGACGGUUGUUUAUCGUGCGGGAGAAAAAACCCAGUCACAUUCCACCCGCUGUUUGAGGGGGACCUUUGCCAGACUUGCAGGGAUCAAUUCCUGGAGCUCUUUGACAUGUACGACAAGGACGGGUACCAGUCCUACUGUACUGUCUGCUGCAAAGGCAAGGAGCUGCUGCUGUGUAGCAAUGCCAGUUGCUGCAGGUGCUUCUGUGUCGAAUGCUUGGAGGUCCUGGUAGGGCAAGGUACCUCGGCCAAGGCAAAAGAGCAAGAGCCCUGGAACUGUUACAUGUGUCAACCACAGAAGUGCUAUGGGGUGUUACAGUGCCGACCAGACUGGAACGUAGGGCUGCAAGACUUCUUCACCAACAACAAAGGACAGGAAUACGAUACACCUAAAAUCUAAAAAGGCCUGCACAUUUCCCAGAGUCACUACCCUUGAUAAC